AGGGCGAGUAAACAGUCACAGAACACUCACAAACUACUGAUGAAAAGAACAGUAACAGGACUCAAGAUGGCUCUGGUCUUCAUUUUCAUCUCAUUACUACUGGGAAUGUCAGAUGCUCUUCCUCAAGAUCUGUCUGGAAAGAUGCUGGUUUUUCCACAAGAAACUAAGACGGAUCAUGUGACACUCAUCACCUCCAGACAGAACCUGAGAGUGACCACUGUGUGCUUGAGGUAUUUCACAGACCUCUCCCGAGAAUGCCCUCUUUUCACCGUGGCCACACACUCACAAGAAAAUGAUUUUAUCAUUUACAAAAAUGCAAGAGAUGAAAUGGAGUUUUAUGUCAGAGGUGAUUACGCAGCCUUUAAGGGGCUGGAUAAUCAGCUGAACAAGUGGCACUCUGUCUGUGGCACAUGGGACGCAGCCUCUGGUCUGGUGCAGCUGUGGGUCAAUGGAAAACAUUCAAGUAUCAAAUUUGUCACUAACUCCAUCAUCAAUGAGCCCAUGAGCAUUGUGCUUGGACAGGAGCAGGAUUCCUUUGGCGGGGGCUUCAGCAGUUCUCAGUCUUUUGUGGGCAUGAUCCGGGACGUGCACAUGUGGGACAAAAUACUCUCUCCAUGUGAAAUCAGAUACUACAGUAACGAGCUCAGCUUUCCUCCUGGAAAUAUUCUCAGCUGGAAUUCAAUAGAGUUUCAGCUCACAGGAAGAGUCCUGAUCAAGGAUGUAGCAGAUCAGUGUUAGGAGCCAACAGGAAACAUGGUCAGUGAGAUUUAGCUGAUCAUGUUUUUGGUAGAGGUAACAUGCUACAGUGAUACAUUUAAAUACGCUUACCAUGUUUGAAAGGUUGUAAAUGACAACUACUUUCAGAGAGUGCAGAAUGUUGUAAUGCUUCUGAAUUCAAAGACUUAUUUUCAAAAACAACUUAAAAUACUAGAUGUUUUGUAUGCUUAAAAUGAACAGUGUUUAGUUAAUAAAGACAUGUCUUUUGAAGCUUCUGAUGAUGCCUGUGCCACAGUUUGAAAACCACUGAUAAAAUAUGAUUAAAAUUGUGU